UGUAAAUAAAGACUUGGUCACGUGCAGAAAUUACCAGAUCAUAAUCAGGGAAACCAAACUAAACGUCAAACGUGAUCAUGUGUCUUAGAAUUAUUGUCUGCUUAAGUCUUCUGGCUGUGACUGCCUAUAGUUUUAAUGACAACAAUUUUGUAGAAUUCUUCGAACAGAAACCAAAUGAUGAGGGUAAACAUUGGGCUCUUCUGGUUGCAGGGUCAUCUGGUUUUUACAACUACAGACAUCAGGCUGAUGUGUGCCACGCCUACCAAAUUGUAAAGAAACAUGGAAUACCUGAUGAAAGAAUUAUAGUUAUGAUGGUUGAUGAUAUUGCUAACAAUAAAGAGAACAAAGAUAAAGGUGUUAUUAUUAAUCAACCUAAUGGACCAAAUGUUUAUCCAGGAGUACUGAAAGAUUAUACCGGAGAGAAUGUAAAUCCAAAAAUGUUUUUAGAAGUUUUACAAGGAAACGCUGAGGCUGUUCGGGCCAUGAAUGGAAGUGGUAAAGUUAUUCAAAGUGGACCUAAUGAUCAUGUUUUUGUCAACUUUGUUGAUCAUGGUGCACCUGGUAUCCUCGGAUUCCCUAGAACUUUUUUACAUGCCUCAGAACUGAGCCCUGUUAUAAAGAAGAUGGCGAGAGACCAGAAAUUUGCUAAGUUGGUGUUCUAUAUUGAAGCUUGUGAAUCUGGAUCAAUAUUUGCUGGUGAUCUUUUACCUAAAAAUAUUAAUGUUUUUGCGACAACUGCAGCUAAUGGCAAGGAAUCCUCAUAUGCUUGUUACUUUGAUUCCAGAUUAGAAACUUAUCUUGGUGAUGUUUACUCUGUUAUGUGGAUGCAAGAUUCUGAUAAGGAAGAUUUAUCAACCGAAACAUUAACUCACCAGUUUGAAAUCACCAAAAAAGAAACAAACACUAGCCAUGUUCAAGAAUUUGGUGAUGUGACUAUUGGUCAAAUGACAGUCGCCGAAUUCCAGGGUAAACAAAUAGCUGCUCCUGUUGAUACUGAAAAUAUACCAAACCCAAAUUUAGAUGCUGUGAAGUCUGAAGAUGUCAAAUUAGCCAUCUUAGAGCAUCGUCUACUUGCUGCUAAAACUGAUGAGGAGAGGAUGUUUAUUGAAGAUGAAUUAGACCUUCUUGUCAUGGAGAGAACCAAGACAGUUAACACAAUCAAACAUAUGAUCUCAUUCGCUGUCAAUGAUCAGUUAUCGGAUACACGUAAAAUGAUGACCUUGAGACGACCAUUGACCCAACAUGAUUGUUAUAGAACUGUUAUUAAUCAUCUACUUCGAGUAUGUCCUGCUUUGAAUCUACCAGAGAAUGAUUAUGCUAUGAGACAUUUUUACACUUUUGUUAAUCUGUGUGAGGAACCAGUAGCUACUGAUGUCAUCAUUAGUGCCAUGGAUAAAGUUGCCGUGGAUACACAAUUUUGUUAAAUUUGAUGAAGAUUCCAAAAUUAACUGGAUUAAUGGUUGACGGUAUAACCCAUAAAAUAUAAUAUUUAACAUGUGCACAUGUAUAGAUCUAGUUAUUAACUUAGGCACCAAGACAUCUGUUUCUGAAAACAAAGGUUGUAAGAGGGUGUCUGUCUGACAUAUUCAGGAAGAUUAUCUAGAAAAGACUAUUGUCUGUUGUUAUAGUAACACCCACAUCAUUGUGGGGACCAGUUAUUUUCGCAGCUAGAUACUGUUUUACUGUUAGAACUUUUUCAGUAGCCCCAGAUGUCUUCGUGAUCUUGACUAAUAAUAUAAUCACUCAACACCAACCGGUCUUCCAUUUUAGUUAAUUGUGGAAUCUUUUCUAUGAAUGUUUGUAAAAUGAUUAAUGCUGUGAUAGUUUAUGAUUUUUAUAUAACAAUAAUAUAUUCAUUUUUAUUUGUGUAUCUUUGAGGUUUUUUUUUUUUAGUGAUUGCCCCUAUUGUGUUAAUCUUGCUCAGUUUAAUUAAAAUCUAAUGAAUAUUUUUUGUGUAUACUGGUAGUUAUUUGCUAAAACCUAUUGUUUUGAGGUUUAAAGUUAUGUAAUGCAUAUCAAUAGGAUACUGUCUGCUGGUAUCGUAUAUCUUGAAUUUCUUAAGAUUACAAUGUUCUAAUUUGGCAAAGUAAAAUAUAGGUCCAAGGUAUUCCAAAGGUUUUUUUUUUUCACCUGAUUAUUCUGAUGCAUUGCUGAGUGGGAUUUACAAAUUAUUACAUAAUAUUUGAAACUUUUGCCCUUGUUACCGUAUAUAUUCAAAUAUAUACUUGCUUGAAUAUGGUCCAUGUUUUUAACGAAUAUCAUUAUGUCAUGUAUUAUGCAUUGAUAUUCCAUCAUAUAAAGGAGCUCCACAUUGUACAUCAAUUUCUUAUAUGUAUAGAUAUAAUUAUUUGUAUAUGUAGGUAUUUCCUAUAUUAUUAAGUAUUAGCUCCACAUUAUCUAUUUAUUUGCUAAUAAGUGCUACUAUUUCUUUUUUUUUAAUAUGAAUAUUUUAGAAAUACUGCUGCAAAGAUAUAUUAAUAUUUCUAAUUAUUACCAGUAGAUGUAUUUGAAUUGUAUUUUAAAUGUUUGUUGUUUUAUACUUUUUCAUUCCAUAUUUGCUGAUGUAGAUGCAUUUCCUUUUUUGUUAUUGGAAUUGAUUAAAUUUAUGUCAAACUUUUAUUAAGUGUAUUUUGUGCCAUAUAUGAUAAUACCGGUAUAUAAAUCAAUUGUGCCUUAAUAAACGUAUCAGAAUUUUACUUUUUCGUGCAGUUAUCCAUUUUCAAUGUUCAAAUAUGCAUUGUACUUUAUAUUAUGGAACCUAAAUAAAGUGUUUGUUUGUAGUGAUCUAAGCAGGGGCAGAUCCAAGAAUUUUUGCCGGAGGAUGUGUGCCAGACUCUUGUUAAGGAAAUUUAACAGUUGAAAAUGCAUGAUGCUAUCAUCGUCUCUAAAUUAUGUAGGCAUACAUACACAUUGAGCUUUUUAAAGUGAGCAAUCCAACACCCUGUUUGAUGUCAGUAAUGAAUUAAUAGGAUCACAUUGUGAUUCGAUUUUAUUGAUGCAAAGCAUUAAUUGUGAUAUCACACGUUUAUAUCAUUAUUUUGUGCUUUGGAUGCCAAUCCCAUCCCACCAUCUGAUGAUAAAGGAUAAAGCACACAACCCUUACACUUUUCUCAUAAAGUGUUGUUUUACAAUUUUUUUUUAUGUGGCGGAGUAUCAUUGGUUUUGGACCCCCAAUCUGGAUCUGCCCCUGCUAAGUAUUUAGAAUCCUGUAUGAAAUAUAUUCAUGAAAAAGAAAAAUUUAAUUUGCAUAAUGUUUAAAUGAAUUUUCAUAUCAAAUAAAAGUUGAUUUUUU